CAAAAAGCGGUUAUUUUGCGGGUUUGAUCACUUAUGCGGGGUCGAGAUGCUCUUAGCAGCGCCCCCCUCCACUUUGGCACAUCGAUUCCUCCGUGUAACCCUUGGCUCCUCCAUCUCCGCGGCGCCGCGAGCUCUCCGCUGUCCGGCAAGCUGCCGGCGUGUCAGCGGAGGCGACCGCCGCUGCCCGUUCAUCCUCAACUGGUGGUUUCCGCAGCUCCAUCAGCGCGCGAGAACCUGGAGAAGAGGGGCAGAUAUGACACAUCUGUCCAACUUUUUAACCGGGGCUGGUGGUGGUGGAGCGCUGAUGGGGCAGCUGAACCCAACCAAUUCAGCGAGCCGAUCACGAGCGGUAAAAAAUUAUAUACCUCAACAAGGCCCAGGUAUAUGUCUUGAAAAGAAAUGCCAUGUGCAUUCAGAUUUUCCGACAAAGGUUUCCACUGAAACGUGCAGGCACGCAUUGCAGCUGCACACAUCCCCACCAGGUCUGAACUCUGAAGGCAGAGAAAUGUUGUUUAAUCUUGUUGAUUUCUUUUUUCGAGAGUACCAUAGCUUUAUAGAGUACGCCUAGGUUGAUUUCCACGAGGUAAGCUUGAGGUUGCUGAUGAGAUUAUUUCUCUGGCUAAUAUAAAUCUCCUCGGAGGGGAGCGAGUCAACUACUCACAGAAAGGCACCAGCAUAGAUGGGUAUGAGUGCCACUGCCUUCUUCUACCUGCUGCUGUCCCUCUGGGUUCAGGAUGCAGCCGCGGCUGGCCUUGGCCUCACAAGAAGUGAUUUCCCACGGGAGUUCGUCUUUGGAUCUGGAACCUCGGCAUAUCAAUAUGAGGGUGCUGUUGCUGAGGAUGGCAGGAGCCCAAGCAACUGGGACACUUUCACUCACGCAGGCCAAAUGUCAGACAGAAGCACGGGAGAUGUUGCUGCAGAUGGAUACCACAAAUACAUGGAGGAUGUCAAGCUCAUGUCUGAGACAGGCCUAGAGGCCUAUAGGUUCUCCAUCUCCUGGUCAAGGCUCAUUCCAAAUGGACGCGGAGCUGUCAAUCCCAAAGGGCUACAGUACUACAAUAACCUCAUUGAUGAGCUAGUGAAUCAUGGAAUUCAAGUCCACAUCACACUUCACCAUAUAGAUCUCCCUCAGAUUCUUGAAGAUGAGUAUGGUGGAUGGUUAAGCCCCAGAAUUGUUGAAGAUUUCACAGCAUAUGCAGAUGUUUGCUUCAAGGAGUUUGGAGAUAGGGUUGCAUCAUGGACGACAAUGAAUGAGCCAAACAUUGGUGCAUUGGCCUCUUAUGAUGUUGCUAUAUUCCCUCCUGGUCGUUGCUCGGAUCCAUUUGGAGUAACAAAGUGCACCUCUGGGGACUCUGGUGUGGAACCAUACAUAGCAGCUCAUAAUACCCUUUUGGCGCAUGCAUCGGUUGUCAGUCUGUACAGAAAGAAAUAUCAAGCCAUGCAAAAAGGAGUUGUUGGCAUAAGUAUUUACUCUUUCUGGAGUUAUCCAUUGACACAUUCCACUGUGGAUUUAGAAGCAACUAGGAGAUGUAUAGAUUUCUACUUCGGCUGGAUACUAGAUCCGUUGGUGUUUGGGGACUACCCGCAAGUAAUGAAGAAGAAUGUUGGCUCUCGCCUUCCACCCUUCACGGAAGUUCAGUCUGAACUUAUCAAGGGUUCUUUAGAUUUUAUUGGAAUAAAUCACUACUACUCUCUGUAUGUGAAUGAUCGCCCUCUGGAAACAGGCGUUCGAGACUACAAAGCAGACAUGUCAGUUAGUUUAAGGGGUUCUAGGAUAGACCCACCAUCUAGUCAGGGCCCCCCAGCAAAUGUUCCAAGUGAUCCCAAAGGGUUGCAGCUUCAGCUGGGGUACCUGAAAGAAACCUACGGGAACCUUCCCGUCUAUGUCCAAGAGAAUGGCAUGGGAACCUCCGCCGACGGUCUGGAUGACACCGAAAGGGUCAGUUACCUGAGCAGCUACAUGGAGAGCACACUGAACGCGAUGAGGAAUGGAGCCAAUGUGAGAGGCUAUUUCGCCUGGGCAUUCAUGGAUUUGUUCGAGCUCUUGUCCGGGUUCCAGUCGAGGUACGGGCUGUACCGGGUGGACUUCACCGACGAGAGGUUGCCGCGGCAAGCUAGGCUCUCCGCUCGCUGGUACUCUGGCUUCCUCAAGCACAACGGAACCUCUGCCCUGGUGUUGAGAACGCCGGUCAACCAGGCGCUGAACUCGGUGUCCUGACUCCCGUCUCUGAGUCCGGUGCAACCGUGCAUGCGUGCGUGUGAUGUUUUGAUCAGAAAGCGUGAUUCUUGGAUUAAAUUAUAAUUACUAGAAACCAAUACUCCUGUGACCACUAUUUACUUAAGUAUUUUCUUUAGGACAAAAGUGAUAUGAAAGAGCAUGAUAUGGCUCUGAGAAAUGUCACAUUUGGUAAAAUAUGAGAAGGUUAUGGUAAGCUUGGUCUCGGUGACCAUGAGAGUUUGUUUGUCAUCUCGAGAUGAUCAUGACAACCACUUGAAACAUUGAAAUUAUAUGAGUAUGCUUAUGCUUA